UUUUGUUGCGGGCCUGUCGGAUGAGAUGACUCAUUCUAUCGAAUUUGCAGCUCCUUUGCUCUGCUCGAGACGCUCUUCCGGGGUGGCGCGAUUGAACUGCUGCUGCUCCUCGCAAUUCUCACCAGUUCCAGCAGCACAAAAUGGUAGGAGGGCUUUCGUCUUGAGUUCUGGAUUGGUAGCUGGACUCUUCACUUCCGUCACCGAAGGUAGAGAAAACUUCGUCUCGGUCUGGAUUGGGCUGACAAGUGAAUGGCUGCUUCUCGUCCAUCCAGAUGCUCGAGCGGGCCUGGAGAAAUACAUGAAAAAAAAGAAGCUGGAUCCACUAGAGACUUAUAUCCCAGGUAUCAUCCUGUGCCAAUCGCAGUUUCAGGAGCUCGAAGCCAAACUUGGAGGCGAGAAGGUCGAGUAUCAAGACGCACGGUCCCUUCUUCGUUCCGGACCAGCAGGAUCCCUCAGGAGCAACAUUCGUGCUGUCGCGGAGUACGCAUCGGAAUCGGGAGAUGGAGCAGCUGCCGCAGACGCUGUAAAGCUGUGCUUGAGAUCUUUGGAGGACUUGGACUCACUGCUCUUGAGAAGAUCUCGAGAUGACACCUCCAUCACUGUCGAUUCCAUGAAAGCCAAGCUUGGAACUUCCAUGCAAGCCUUGGACAGGCUUCUCCAAACAGUUCCACAGCCCAUUCUCGAGCAAGGCAAAGCGGCUGCCAUGGCCUUCUUGGACGACACCCCGGAAGUUGUGACCGACGACGUCGACAUAAAAAGCUUGGAAGAUCUCAUAACCACAACAAAAUAGCUCUGAUCAAUCAAAGUUUCUAUCCAAAGUCCAUAAAACCAAACGAAA